GUUUGAAUUGCAAAUUUUGUGAUUUCUCUGACUAAUAAUUGUUUACAAAAUAAGUAUCGGUAAAGCAAUUAAAUAUUUUAUACUAUUUUCUAGUAAUUUAGAAACUAUUAAAAUAUUCAAUGACUAAUACAAAAUGUCUGAACUCAAUGUAUGCAGGAUAUGUUUACGUACACGAUCAAAAAGUUACGAAUGCAAUCGAUUCCAACUGAAGAAUUAUUACGAAGAAAUUUUGGGAUCGAAAGUAUUUACAACAGAUGGUCUGCCUCAGACAUUCUGUGUUGAAUGUGCCACCAUGCUUCACAAAUAUCACAAGUUCAAGGAGAAAUGUCACAUUGGACUCAAGCUGCUCACUGAUAUACUACACAAUGAGCCUAUAACAUACAAUGCAGUGUGCAAAGUGAAAAAACAAUGCAAGACUUUACAUUCAACAUUAGAAAUAGUCACUGUUUAUACUAAUCGCGUUAGAACAUAUUUUGUUAAAGAAAACAGACAUACUAAUAAAAAUAAUUUAAAGAAAAUCAUAGAUGAUGAACUGUCAAAUGAUGUUGACUGGAAUGAUCCUGACAUUGAUCCUGUAGGUGAGGUUUAUGAUUCUCCCGAUUGUAAUAAUACUCAUAAAGUUACUGAUGAAUCUGUUAUGGAGGUAGAAGAUAAUAAACAGACUGAUAUUAUACACGAAAAUUUAGAUCUGCAACCAAUAUACAACCCUAAUGUAGUGUUUAUAGAUGAUAAAGUAGAAGUAAGAUGCAAUGAUAUUUCUAAAGAUAUAAAUAUAGAAAAUAAAGAAGAUAUAAUAAGUAAAGACAAUCGUAAAAAGAAAAAGAAAGGAAGAAAAAAAAAAGAGAAAGAAGUGAAGAUCAAAAAGUGUAGGGACAUUAGGAAAAAUACUAAAAUAUCUGUGACAAUGAGUAAAAAACAAGAUUCUUUUAAAGCAACAAAUAAAAAGAUGAAUAUACUAGAAGGUAAGAAUUGGAAGAAGAUAUCGUUGAGUGAGGAUGAAGCACAGAAAGAGUUUAAUGCUAGAUCAGAGGAUCGUAAAUAUAUAGCUGCAGCAUUUAAAUGUACAGAUUGUUAUAAGGGUUUCUCAAAGGAGGAGAUGUUGAACAGGCAUAGGCAGUUAAGACAUAAUAAGUCAGACCGGUUUGAAUGUCGCUUCUGUCAUAUGCAUUUCUCAAUGGACUGCUACCUGAGAAAGCAUAUGCGUCAACACUACACCAAAUAUGAAUGUCAACGGUGCCAACGCAUUUGUCCACUAGAAACAACCGCAUUGUUACAUGAGGAGUUUCAUACCGGCGAUGUAAAGAAGUGUGCCCAUUGCAACAAAGAAUUUAGACAUCUAUCAACGUACUACACGCAUCUGCGCACGCACCGAAGUGAACACGUGUGCACAUUAUGCGGCGUCUCGUUCGUUAGUAUGGCGGGGCUGCAUAUGCACAAGAAAGUUAAGCAUGUAAACAAUGAAGUUGAGCAUUCAGAAGAUGAAGCAAACCAACAGGAAGUGAACACGUACUGUGAACGGUGUGAUAUACGUUUCGAGACGCGCAAAGCAUACGAGGAGCAUUUAUCUCAUUCAGUGCUACAUGUCGAUAAUGCAGAGGAACCAGAUUUAGACGAAGAAGUGACGGAUGUCACGUGCAAAACAAAAUAUAGGAAACCGAUGCGAAUGAAAACGAAACCGACCACGUGCCGGCAAUGUGGUAAACACUUUGAGACACAAGCCGCCUGCUUGAAGCACCACCUAGCGGAGCAUCCGCGCACUGCUUUCACAACCGACAGAUAUGUGUGCGAAAUAUGCGGGGUAUCACUAGCGCCGGGCAGUAUAGCGGCGCAUCAAAACAGACACACAAGGCGGAAACUGUACCCGUGCGAUAUAUGCGGACGUACUUUCAACGUCAGCGUUGUACUCAAGCGGCAUAUGUUGGUACACACUGGAGAGCGGCCUAUAUCGUGUAAUUUGUGCGACAAGCGUUUUACAAGAACUCAAAGUAUGAAGCUUCACUAUCGCACAUACCAUCUGAAACAACCUUAUCCCAAGCGAAACAAGAGGAAAAAGAAAGAAGACCACCCAGAAGCAUCAGAUUCAGAUCUUAUGUAUCUCCUAGACGCAUCACUAACAAGAUCAACACAUAAAAAUACUCAAAGUUUACAUUAAUACUAGUUAGUUAAUUAUUUACAGUAAUAAUAGUACUUACAUAUUUGUAUUACAAUGAAAUGUAUGUACUUACUGUACUUAUAUGUAAAGACGUCCAACGACUUAGGCUGCUGAUAUACGGGCGGUAAGUUGUAAGGUUGCCCGAUUACGACUAAUGAUCUGAUGGACAUCUAUUUAUAGCGUAUUUCAUUACUAAACCGCUGGUCUUCAAAAAAGCGUAGCAAAGUCUGCUGGAUAAUAAAUAUGAUUAUAUCUAGCAUCUGAAUAUAAUUAUGAAUUGUUUUGUCCUUUUCGUACCAUGUUAUUUUAAGCAAGAAAGUCUAAACUACUUCCAAAUUAAUAAAUUGAUUUGUUUUAU